UUUUUUUUGUCAUAGUUAGAGGAAACAUUGACCUUCUUGUUUUAUUACUCUACUCUACUAUCUCUCUCUCUCUUUCUUUCUCUCUCUGCGACUAAAGACAGGUAUUUCUACUUUUGUACCUUACAACAUGACAACGACGAAAAUUACCAAUAAUAGAGUGAUUACAGCAUCGUUUUUUCUUCCUUAUACUGUGGACGUUGAAUUAGUUGAAAAGAAAGGGGUCAAUACUCCUACCAUAUUAGAACCUGUUGUAAAUGCUUCUACUGAUGUACCUGAUACAACUCUUGGUCCUCGAAAUUUGAUUGAUACUUUGGCAGCACAAAAACGAAACCCAACUCCUCAACAAAAUCAACAAGAACUGUUUACAUUAAAAUCACAAAAUAAUACUACCUUGACUGAUUCUACUUUGGGUCAUGAAAUGACAGAAACGACAAUGGUUGAUGACAAUAAAAGUGAUAACAAGGGAUAUGAUGAUAUGGGUAUUGUAUGGGAAAUCAAACCGUGUAUUUCUGGAAAUAUUGGACUUCAAAAUGCCAUUCAUUCUGUACGUCAUCGAUUGAAUCAACUUGUUUGGGUAGGUACCUUGGGUACUUCAUCUAUGGAUUGUCUUUCUAAAUCGGCAAAGGAAAAUAUUACCUCUACUUUGAUCAACAAAUAUGAUUCUUAUCCUAUCAUUCCAAAUGAUGCAGUAUUUGAUGGCCAUUACAAUCGUUAUUGUAAACAAAUUCUUUGGCCUUAUUUUCAUUAUGUAGUGCAAGAUGAUAUUCAAAACAAAAUGCAUCACGAUGAUCCUUGGAAACAUUAUGUCAAUCUUAAUCAACAAUUUGCAGAAACAAUAGCCAAUAUUUACCAAGAAGGGGAUAUCAUUUGGGUCAAUGAUUAUCAUUUGAUGUUACUACCUGGUAUGUUACGUGAAAAGUUACCAAAUGCUAUUAUUGGAUUCUUUAUGCAUAUACCUUUCCCAUCUUCUGAAUUAUUCCGGUGUCUACCUUCUCGAAAACAACUUUUGGAAGGCAUGCUACAAUCUGAUUUGAUUGGAUUUCAAACUUACUCCUUUGCAAGACAUUUUUUACAAACGUGUUCUCGGAUUUUAUCUCUGGAUACUACACCAUCAGGGAUUCAAAUGGAUUCUCACUAUGUUGCAGUUGGAAUGUAUCCCAUUGGCAUCGAUAUCGCUGCUCUCAAUAAGAAGAGAGAAAAUCCUGAUGUCACAAGUUGGAUGGCCAUGUUAAAGGAAAAAUAUGCUGGAAAAAAAUUGAUUGUGGCUAGAGACAAACUGGAUUAUGUCAAGGGUGUACGACAAAAACUAUUGGCUUUUGAACAGUUCUUGAUCCGACAUCCUGAAUGGCGUGGCAAGGUGGUGCUUAUUCAAAUUGCUUUGUCAACCUCGGAACAAAAUGAGUUGCGAGCACAUAUCUCAGAUGUAGUGUCAAGAGUGAAUUCCAAAUUCAGCAACAUAUCAUAUCAACCUAUUGUUUUCCUUCAUCAAGAUAUCUCAUUUCCUCAGUAUUUGGCCUUAUUGACUUCAGCAGAUGCUUCAUUGAUUACUCCUCUACGUGAUGGUAUGAAUUUAACCUCUCAUGAAUAUAUUGUAUGUCAAGAAAAUCGAUACAACCCAUUAAUCCUAAGUGAAUUUACCGGUACUUAUGGAAGUUUUGGAGCCUGUUUACGUGUGAAUCCAUGGGACUACCGUCAAAUAGGUGAUGCCAUACAUGAAGCACUGUCCAUGUCUAAAGAAGAAAAACAAUCAAGAUGGAAUGAAUUAUAUAAGAGUAUUGAAGCGAACUCUGCACAAAACUUUGCAACGUCCAUUAUUUCUGAAUUAUCCAAAGUCCAUAGCGCUACUGGUAGAAGGUUUUCAGCUCGGGUUCCACCAUUGGAAUUACAUUCAUUAAAGACAGCAUUUCAAAGAAGCAAGAAAAGAGUAUUCUUGUUUGAUUAUGGAGGUACUUUGGUGACUCAUGGAAAAACAGCUAGUGGAAAAGAACUUGAUCGAUUGACUAGUGUGCUAACAAAAUUGACGGGCGAUCCUCGAAAUGCAGUGUAUGUCAUAUCUGGUCGUACAAGAUUGGAAGUUGAACGUGAUCUUGGAGAAGUACCAAAUUUGGGGCUCAGUGCUGAAAAUGGAUUCUAUAUCAAACCAAGAGGUGAAGGAUGGCAAUCUUUGUUUGAAAAAAUUGAUCUUUCCUGGAAACCGGCUGUCAAAGAAAUCUUUCAAUAUUAUACAGAACGUACCCCUGGUGCGUAUAUUGAAACCAAAGAAACCUCGAUUGUUUGGCAUUAUCGUACAACACCAGGACCUGAUGCUCAAUACGUGGCCUGGCAAGCGGCAGAAUGUCAAAAUCAUAUAGCUGAUUCGGUUAACAAGAAUUUUGCAGUUCAUGCAGUAGCUGGAAGGACAAAUAUAGAAGUGAUGCCUCAUGAAAUAAACAAGAGUGGGAUUGCAAACAGAGUACUUCAAGAUAUUCAACCUGAUUUUAUAUUAUCUAUUGGAGAUGAUCGAACAGAUGAAGAUAUGUUUGCAUUCUUGAACAAACAAAAAGUGACCAAUACGACAGUUGUGACUUGUACUGUAGGAUCUCGUAGUACAGAAGCUCAAUAUUAUAUCAACAAUGUGGAUCAAGUGAUGCAUAUCUUAGAUGGUCUUUCUACUCCCUCUUAACUUUAUAUAUUCCCUUUUUUUCAUUCCAUUUUUAUUGUCAUUUGUUAUUUAUCAUAUCAUCAUCUUUUCUUUUGUGCAUAUUUAUUCCUUUCUCCUAAUAAAAACAAAAAGUAUAUAUUUU